ACAGAAGAAGAGCUAACCAGAAGAGAGCAGAAAAAAAGGAAAAGAAUGGGGAAAUCUGAAAUGAUCCUUGUUUCGGCGCUGUGCUUGGUGUCGCUCCUGAGCGCGGUGUCGUGCGAGAAGGACAAGUUCUUCGUGGAGGGAAAGGUGUACUGCGACACUUGCCGCAUCCAAUUCUUCACCAAAGUCAGCAAAUUCCUCGAAGGGGCUACUGUGAAAUUGGAGUGCAAAGACAGGGAAGGGGGGAGCGUCACGCUGAGCAAGGAGGGGGUGACGGACAAGACGGGGAAAUACAGCAUCGAGGCAGACGGAGACCACGAGGAGGAGGUGUGCGAGGUGGCGUUGGUGAAGAGCACCGAUCCGGACUGUAACGAGAAGUCGGAGGAGGGGUACGGACACAAGGCCAGAGUCAGCAUCACCGGCAACGUCGGAAUCAUCGACCCCGUCCGCCAUGCCAACCCGCUCGGCUUCAUGAAGAAGGAGAAGCUCCCCGAAUGCAAGGAGGUCCUCCGUGAGCUCGGUUUCGACGACGAGGGCAAUCCCGUCUAAAUCAAUCUCCACUUCUUCCGCUUAUUAUCCAUUAUUAUUAUUCCUCUCUUAUUAUUUCCAAUCAAAUCAAAUAAAUAAAUAAAAUCGUCUUUCUACCU